UUCUUCCUCAGCCUGCUCCAUUCCACCAGGUGAACUUACAUGAUUUCUGCAUUUGUGGCGCAAGCAGAGCAGAGCAAUGUUCGUCCGUUCACUGCGGAGAGGCUUACUUUGCCUGAGCUCUCAUUCAACGAUCCCCAACCCCUCUCCCCUCCCAAUUCCGCCAUUAGUUCUUCUCCGGUUCCUGUCGGUCCGCCCAAGUGAAGACUCCCCCACGAUCUCGCUCCUCAUCAAGUCUCUCGGGUUCUCGCCAGAAACCGCCCUGUCAGUUUACACGAAGCUCCCAAACAAGAACCCUAGGGAUGCAGACUCCGUGAUUAGCUUCCUCAAGAGCCGCGAUUUCUCGGCUGCUCAAAUCUCCGAGAUGGUCCGGCGAUUCCCUUCAAUCCUAGGGUUGAAUCCCGAGCGCAUCCUUCUGCCGAAGCUCGAGUUCUUCCUGUCCAAGGGGUUAUCGGGGCCCAAACUGACGGAGUUCUUAUCUCUACAUCCGUACAUCUUCUGGAGGAGCUUAGAGAAGUACAUCAUCCCUGAUUUUAACUUCUUUAGGGGCGUGCUUAACUCCGAUGUGAAGGCUCUGCAAGUUAUUCUACGCGCGAGUCGGGCCGGAGCUCACGCGAUUACGGCUGCACCAAAUGUGAAGUAUCUUGUAGAAAGUGGAUUGCCUGGAACAAAAGUUGCUGCCCUAUUGCAUUACCAUUCUCACGUGUUCUUUACAAGUCCUGCUAGGUUCAGGAAAGCAGUGAAGGUUGUUGAAGAAAUGGGGUUCGAUCCCACGAAGACUGUGUUCUUCCACGCUUUGAAAAUAAUGCUUACGAUGAAGGAAUCCAACUGGGAAAGCAAAUCGACAAUUUUCCGGGAUUGGGGUUGGAGCGAAAAAGAGCUGGUCUCCGCCUUCAAAAAAUAUCCGCUCUGUAUGGCAAAUUCUGAGGAUAAAAUCAAUCGGGCGAUGAGCUUCUAUGUGAACAGUUUGGGAUGCAAGCCUUCCCUGAUUGCCAAGUAUCCUGCCCUUCUGUCGCAUAGCUUAGAGAAGAGAAUCAUCCCGAGGGCCGCGGUGUUGGACUUCCUUCUCUCGAAAGGUUUGGUUGGGAAGCAUCUUAAAUUGGCCGUGUUUAUUGUGAUGUCCGAGAAGGAGUUCAUGAAGAAGAUUUUAAGAUACCAAGGGGAAGUUCCUCACAUCUUGGCACUCUACCAGCAGGAACUGAACCGGCUGAGAUAAAUGAGAGGACUCUGCCUGCAGAAUAUGGGAAUAUAUUGCGGCAGCUCGUUCAUUUAUCUUAUGGGAGUUCUUGCUCAGUCAGAAUUUCAAAACAUUUCAGUGUGUAUCUUCUGACUUGCUAUCAGGAAAAUUAUGUUUCGGUGGUUGAUUCGUUUGCUAGUUGUGGUUCGCUCAGUUAACAGACCGGCCAGGUUAUUGUUUCAUGAUCAGACAAGCUGGCCCAUCCGGAGUAUAAGAGCCAUGUGCUCGGGUUGGCAUGAUGCAGUUGCACCGUAAAUUUGAAUUGUGAAAAGCUAAAUAAGAAAUCUUUGGAGAUAUUACUGAAUGUCCAGUGCUCCACCAGAGGUGAAGAAUCGAGGGGCACACUCUCGUCCCUCCAUCUUCUCUUCGGUAACAAGUCAUUACUCUACUCUGUCUAAGCGGGUUGAUGCAUAAUGAACACCGAUAAUGUGUUUUUCUUCUUGAGGCACUUUGAUGGUUAGACAUCUAUCAACUGCUAUACAAGGAUGCAUGCUGAAUGUUGUUCGAGGAAAGUUUGCGAGUAUUAUGAGAUUCUUUUGACUGCAAGUAUUAGAUUAACAAUGAGAUUGUUUUGGAUGCAAGCUGGGGCUUCAUUGAAAGUGAUGGGCUGCCAUGUUUGUGUUGGAGUUGGCAUCUUCCGAAGCCAUCUAUGUAUUGCGAAGCUGAGUUCGUAAUUAGUCUAGAAUGUGUACGAAUCUGAACUUGCAAUUCCCAGCUGUUCUUUAUGGACAAUCUUUAUUUAUCGCUCUUGAAAGCUAA